AUGGCACCACCAGCAUGGACGCAAGUCGUCUCAAGGAACUUUAAUGAAAGUGUCAGCAGUCUUUCCCCCACACCGCGGCAGGAGAGACGGCUGAGCUGGAACUCAGACACAUGGCUGCCCAGAGACCCACCGCCAACCCCAGCGUGCGGCCAGGCUCGGGCUCCAGAUGCAGGGCCCCGGGCGGCGAGGCAGCAUCCGGCUGCUGAGCCUCGAGGAAGGUCACGUCUGGCCCCCAGCUGGUCACCUACCCGCCAGCUUCACCGCCUGUCAGUGCCAGAGUGUCAGACAAGCAACGGGGAUGCCUGGGGACCCAGAGCAACUGCCGCCACGGUGGGAAGAAAGAGCAAUCAUCCCGCCACUUGGCUGCGCGCAUCCUACGCCAAGAAAGAGCUCGCAGAGGGGAAGGAGGUGCGGCCGGGAACCAGGAUUGGCACAGACGCUGAGAGACAGCUUUCCAGUUUCAUCACGGUGGACGCAGAUCAUGAAGGCUCCAGGAAACAGAAACCGGGCCAGGGCUUUCCAGGCAGAGCACAUUCCCCCCAGGGCUGGACGGGAUGGGAAGCCAGGCUAGAAAAGUUCCGGGGCCGGAGGCCAGGAGACCCACCAAGUCCAGAGAACAUUCGGAGACAGAGGACACCCCUGCCCCCCGCCAUCUGCUACACCCUCAUCCCCCAGGGGGACCACAGCUCUCCCCACGAGACCAAAGUACAACUAAAUAAAUACAGUAUGAGGACCUAA